CGGGAACUGAAAACCACGCGCGAAUUGUGGCGGUGGAAUUGAAAUUUGAGCAUCUCUUUUUGUCAUCAUUUAACCUCGCACUUUGGAAACUAUCGCCUCUUUCUCUCUUUGGUCACUUUGUCGUUCUAACCCACAAACAUGACAAGGACGAGACAGAGUUUGAGCCAAGAGAAAAGUGGUUCACCCUUCACUUUACUCUUCUCUCAGCACUCUUUGACUUUAGCAACUAAAAAAAGUCUGCACCCUAGGGUUCCUUCUCCUACCUGAAACCCUCAAGAUAAAUCACAGUUUCAAUGCACUUUUCAAACACAGAAAAUAGUUGGUGAGUCAAGUUUCAGAUAUUGGUGCUUCUUAUGUUUAUUAUUAUGUUUUUUUUUUUCGAAAACAAGACACAACACAUGUUAGUUUUUGUUUACCCGUUGUUGUUGGUCCAUCGCUGGUUUUACCUUUCAUUUUAAAACGAUUACCCAAUACGAAAAAUAAAUAAUAUGUAGUUGGUACUUGGUUGUGCUCACUGCUCAAUUCAUUGUUGCUUCAUUUCUACCACUUCUCUGGGGUGCAUUUAUUUAUCUGAGUUGCAAGUGUUCAUUUUCUAUGUUAUGUGUAGUUUGGAAAUGUUACUAGGAUUAUGUUGUGUGUGGAUGAGUUUGAGUUUGGGUUAGGCAAGAACAUGCUUUAUGGGUCCACGUUUGUGACUUUUGGGAUUUUAAAGAGAAAGCAUGAAUGGUAAGUGGUCCUUUGACCAUACCCAUUUGAAGAUGGCUUGGAUUCAGCAUCAAAUCCAACAAAAAGAUGGUUACUUGAUCUAUCCACCACCGGUUUUGCCUCCCCCUUCACCACCAAGUUGGGGUGCAUUCCACAAAGAAUCAAUGUCUUCGUCGUCAUCAUCAUCAUCAUCUCCCUCACCUUCAUCCUCUGGUGCUAGAAUUAGUCCUGCUGUGCUUUUCAUCAUUGUGAUUCUGGCUGUUCUAUUUUUCAUCUCUGGCCUGCUCCACCUGCUUGUUAGAUUUCUCAUGAAGAACCCUUCUUCCUCAGCAUCUUCUCAGUCCAAUAGGAACCAGGAAAAUGCAACCUCUGAUACUCUUCAAAGGCAGCUGCAACAGCUGUUCCAUCUUCAUGAUUCUGGUCUGGACCAGGCUUUUAUUGAUGGACUUCCUGUUUUCCAAUACAAGGAGAUAAAGGGGUUGAAGGAGCCAUUUGACUGUGCUGUCUGUCUCUGUGAGUUUUCUGAAAAGGAUAAACUUAGGUUGCUGCCUAUGUGUAGCCAUGCCUUUCAUAUCAGCUGUAUAGACACCUGGCUUUUGUCCAACUCCUCAUGCCCUCUUUGCAGGGGUACCCUCCUUACUCCUGGCUUUCCCCUUGAAAAUCCAUUGUUUGAUUUUGAUGAUUUGAGGGAUGAUAAUGGGGAACCUGAGUUCACAACUAGGCAGAAAACGAUUGAAAUUGAAGAAACUGUGGUAGAGAAGGGGGUUUUCCCUGUGAGACUUGGCAAAUUCAGAAGGCUUGAUAUGGAGGCAGAGGUAGCUGCUGGAGGAGAGACUAGUAGCAAUAAUUUGGAUGCCAGAAGGUGUUAUUCCAUGGGAUCUUAUCAGUACGUGCUUGGGAAUUCAGACCUCAGAAUAACCUUGAGCCAUGACCGAGAAGGUCGUCAAGCACAGUUCUUGAAAGGAACAGAAAAUUUAGAGAGACUUUCAGUUGAGGGGGAUAUUGAAGGAAAGAAGAUUACAAGUGUGUGUAAAGGUGAGAGCUUUUCUGUUUCCAAAAUCUGGCAGUGGUCACAGAAGGGAAAAUUUUCAGUUUCUUCUGAUACCCAGAUGAGUAUGCCCUCUUCUCUUAUCACGGAUUUGCCUUGGAUGAGAGAAACAAGAAGGAUAUGAAAGGUAUCCAUAUUAUACACCCCUUCUCCACCUCUUACUUGAAUUCAUUUGAAUCCAUUGAUUACAGCUUCUGCUUUUCCUCGAAAUUUCUUCAAAUAUUUGGUGCUCUAAUCUUGAAGAUGUGGUUAUUGAUGUACUACGAUUCUGUGACAUGAGAUGGAAGAAGUUUAUGUUUCUAUAAAACAGAUUUUAGGAAUGAACUGAUACAUACAAGUUGUAACAAUGACCCAAUCAUUGGAGGCAGCCAAAAUUCAUGAGAUUCACAUAUGGAAAGAAAUUUUAUCAAGGGGGAGAAAAUAUUUGUCAAAACUAUGUACCACGCUUAUUUUUACCGCAUAAAUGCAUUAGGUCACUGAACCGUGGUUGUUUCGAGAUUGAUAUAUUGAUAAAUAUCAAACAUUUGAUAUAUCGUUGGUAGGAGAAGCAAACGAUUAUGAUAUGCUAUUCUUAAAUUUGAUUCCA